CUGGCAGAAUGAGCUGCAGCUAACAGGAUAGCAUGAGGUGUCACUGCUUCUAGGGGUCUCAGCUGCUUCUGGAUUGCAGGUCCCUACAAUAAGCUGCAGUUGUGGAUUCCUAUUUUUUGAGAAAAUCACAUGGAUUUUACUGGAUUGUAAUGUGCAUCUGAUGUCCAGGAUCUGGGGGUCUCCUGCUGAGAGAUGGGGAAACUUUAUUCCAAACAUGCUGCAGUUUGCAAACCCAGAGAGAGCCCUGAAGGUGACAGCUUUGCAGUAAAUGCUUGUUUGGCCCGGAAAGGCAUAGAAGAAUGGAUUGCUAAACAGAAGUCGUCAAAUAUUCCCAAUCACAAAAUUGGGUUUAAGAGGGAUCCAUCAGGGGAUAUCUGUAAAGAGAACAUAGGUGAUGAACAUUUUCGUUUGGAAGUUGCUCUACCACCUGAGAAAAGUGAAGGUCUUUUUACCUGCGACGAAAAGAAGAUAGGAGACAAAGACUCAGAUGGACGGGCAAAAAAACAGCUGAAAUUUGAAGAACUUCAGUGUGAUGUUUCGGUGGAAGAAGAUAACCGCCAAGAGUGGACGUUCACCUUGUAUGACUUCGACAACAGUGGAAGAGUAACCAGAGAGGACAUUACAAGUUUACUACACACCAUAUAUGAAGUAUUUGAUGCAUCGGUGAAUCAUUCCUCCAGCUCCAGUAAAACCCUUAGAGUCAAGCUAUCUGUAGCGCCAGAUGCCACUCUGAAGAAGAGGACUGUAUUGCUCAAUCACACAGAGAUACAGAAUGGAAGAUACAGAACUGAAAGCAAAGUUAAUGAAGAUCUUAAGAAACAGCGUAGUUCUUCACGACAUAACCCAGCUGAAAAUGAAACAGAACAGACAGAAUGUCUCCGGCAGUGUGUGGAUGAGAACAUUGAACGGAGAAACCACUACUUGGAUCUUGCUGGAAUUGAAAACUACACAUCAAGAUUUGGGCCAGGCUCUUCUGCAGCACCUGAAAAACCAGAUUCACAUACAAGAGCUUCUAAUCAAAUGAGGUCUCGUUCUCAUGAACCAGAAACUCUGCAUUUACACCAGAGAAGAUCUCAAGCGCUGGAUGCUGGACAUUUCAAUCUAUUAGACCCUUCUCAUCCAAAGAUGGUAGAACUUCAAAGGCAACGAGGUCAAGAAUCUAACAGACAUUCUGUCAGAAGUCCUAAAGCCUCAAAUAAGAGUGGAACAGCAUUAAAUGGUCAGCCAGGAAGGACAACAAGGAGCAAACCCAUCCAUGGUGUGCAAAUUCCUGUGACUUCCCCAACUGCACUUAUGGGCCAGAGCUAUCCUUACCAUCAUUUACCACCUCAACAACCUCAUAGGAGGAGCAAGCAAAAAACCAAGGAAGGCCACCAGAUGUGCAAAGCUUUCCAGUCACCUAUUAACGUAGUGGAAAAAGAGCAUGUGAGGGAUUUACCAAGCAUGCUAAUGUACGAUGGCCAUAGUGGACACUUGAUACAAAGACAUGAGCAUCAUCAUCACCAUGAACAUCACCACCACUAUCAUCAUUUCUACCAAACAUAAUUUGGACCAUUUAUUCCGCAUCUUAAGAAGAACUCCAGAAUUUGGUGCCUGUUCUGAAAAGGAAGUUGCUUUGUUCGGAACAAAUUUGUCUGACGUACAUUUCGUUAACAAAAUUAUUGUAAAAUGGCAAUGUGGACCCAAAAAACCCACUGGUGGAUAUACCAAAUAUAUUUUGAACUCAAACUAGCACUUCUUAGAAUUUGGACCGGCCGUGGAAGAUUUGCAUUUAGUGGUGUUUUUUCAUCUAAUACUCGGACUGUUUGCACACACGCCUUUAACUAAUCGGUUUUGGACACCAGACAAUAAAUAACAAAAAUCCCCACAAACAGCACACUACCUCUAGUAUUAUUUUUAGUUUAAGGCGGGUAGACCUAAGUGAUAUAUGUCUAUAGGUUAAUUGUUUACCUUAUCCCUGUUUAGGAACACAGGAAAGCCAACAUUCUUCACUUUUCUAUACUGUUUCUAAAUCAUUGGUAAUAUUUAUAUGUACAGUCAUUUUAAGUUGUCUUUUCCACAUGGAGACUAUUGACAGGUAGAAGAAAUAAGAACUUAUGAUGUUUUAUAUUAUCAAUUUUCAAAGUGUGAGGUGUCUAAAGAGAGAUUGUCUGGGUAAAAGAAACCCUGUACCAUACGGCCUACCGGGUAUGCCUCAUUUAUUAGCUACAAGUAGAAAAAUCUUAGUCUAAAAGACUGCUAGUUUCUAUUGAAAAAUGAAUGUCCAUGGGCUCCUUGGAAUGGUUCAUUUUUUUUGCAGCUACACUACAGGUAAAAAUGGACACUUACAUAUCAGGUCCCUCAGUGAUAAAAGCUGAUCAUAUAGGCUACCAGUUAAGUUCAAUCUGGCCAUCUUUCUAGUUUUAAGAUCACAUCACAACAUAGCCCCCACUUCCUUGCAUAAGGGAACUCAUCACAUCGCUUUGCGUAUUGUUUCUGGUGUUUUAAUAUUUGCAAGUGUAAAAGGCAACGCCUCAAUUUCUCCCUAGGUUCUCUUCAACAGACAGAGAGUUUUUACUUCUUUUUUUUAUAUAUUUUUUUUCCUUUAAGCCUUAUCAGGUAUAUAGUAUAAAUAUAUAUAAAGCUAUAUAAAAGUAUAUUAUAUAUACACUCAGGUACUUAUUUUGCGUUUAAACAAAUCUGUGGUUUGGUUAUUUGUAGCAGUCUGUUCUUUUUUAAUUAUUAUAAUUAUUUUAUUUCAAAGAGUUUCUAUGUAUUAUAACAAAAUCUUGUGUUAAAAACGUUGUUUUCGGGACAAAAUUACCAAUUUUUAAGGAAAAAAAGCUGAUGUGAAGGAGAAUAUUUAAUUUUUUUCUUUUAUAAUCACCUUAAUUAAAAUAAAGCAGAUAAUAGGACUGUCCCUGUUAUGCAGGUUACUGUCUUUCACACAGAAAUGGCCACUGUGGAAAUGCUAUUUUGUAAAGUGCAUGAAAAUAUGUGCAAAGUAAAAGCAGCCAUAUUUUUGGACCUAAUGAGUUAUGGGACUGCAAGCUGUCAAUUCACUAAGAACUAGUAACUUUUUUCUGGUCUUGGCAACAGGCACACCAACAUUUUAAUGGAUUUUAAUGCCACUUCUUUCAUAUUCCCACUGAUGAUGUCACAUGCAGAGUGCACUAGAACUGGAGCUGACAUCUUUAAGACUGUUGCUUGGAUUGUUUCAUACUUCGCUCUUGUGUUUGUAAAAUUAAAAGGGUAAAAUUCCCUGCAAAAGUGUUACAUAACCAGUGAAACCUCUUUGAGCUAACGACUCCCAAUUGGAUUGAAAAAUGGUCUUAUGAUGGGGUUCUUCUCAAAGGAGAUAGACAUUAUCCAUAACAUAUGGUGGAGCUGAAAAUCUGUCUCAGAGCAUUUGGUCUAGAUAAGAUAGUGGCCUUCUCAAAGUCUUUUGGAGAGGUUUCACUGUAUAUAUUAGCCUAGAUACUCUGUUUUCAGAUGAGUCCUGAAAUGAUGAAGGUAAAAGGACAUAUCUUCUUUUUAAAUCAGUAAACUUUCCCACAUUGUCAACCUUUUACUAUUAUGGUGUUAAAACAUUGAUGUUCUGGAGUACAUCCGGUAGUCCUACCUUAAAGUAUUGCCUAGUUUGUAUGUUACAAUUGCCAUAAUGUCCAGAAUAGUGCUAAAGGGGUUCUCUUUAUAGGGCUAUAGUAAGACAAAGUGUAGCACAUUCAUAGACGUGGGGUAAAUGAGUUUAUAUCCUACGUUAUAUGGACAAACAUUUUUGUAAACAUAACCCCCGGCAACUAUGCUUGCCAGAUCAGCAACAAAGUUACAGCAUGCCAGUUAUAUAUUAUUUAUAUGUUCUUUAAUAGAAUAAAGAUAAAACAUACAUGAAAUGGAAAACAUUGAGGUCCUUACUUCCUUAAAAAAAUAAAAUGUGUAGUGCUACCCUUU